GACCAGGAGGACCCGGAGGACCCGGCCAUCGGUCGAGGCGCGAAGGAGCGCCUCAUCAGAGAUGCCCUGUACCAUGGGCGUCCGUACAGCAUCGAGGCCUGCCUUCGUCGUCUGCGCAUUAACCUUGGCCACGCCCCAGUCUCGACCAUGAUGUGGCACCUUCGUUCUGCCAGUGCCACCAAGGACGCCCUCGAGAUGGUGGCGGAAUUCCGAUGCGACGCGUACGACGCCAAGAUGGACCCGAAGCCGACGGUCAAAGCGCUCAACAUCCUAUGCGACACCUCGUCGCUCCAGUCCAUGACGCCGUUCGACGAGGACGACGAGGAGGUGGCCGUGGAUCUGCUGCGUCUGCAUCGGGACAACUGGACGCGACCCUGCAUGCGCCCCAAACGGUUGCGCCUCGACCCGGCGAAGCAUCACGUCUCGCAGAACUUCUCCAGCCCGAUGGAGCGAGAUGGCACGACAAGUUUGAGCAGCGCCGGUGGCGCUGAGGAUCAGAAUGGGAGGGUGCAGCGUCACGGGCCGUGGUUCGCCCAGAUGCUGCGGGCCGCCGUGGCCGAGAUGCUGCUUUAUUCCCUCGGCAUCGUGGCCAGCAGCUCGGUCCUAAGCGAUCCUGCCGCUGUCUUCGCCGCUCGGGUCGGAGCCAUGGCAUGGCGACAGGUCUUGAGCUAUCACGACAAGCAGGCGACGCGCCUGGCCCUGGACGCACGACCUCGUCGGCAUGUGCCGUACAAGCCUGGGGACAUGGAGGCCGCGUGGAGGAAGGUGACGAAGGGCGGCGGAG